CGUCCCGCCUGGCAACCGCCCCGCCUGGCAUCCUCCCCGCCUGGCAGGCCAGCGGGGAGGGGUCGCAGCGGCCCGGGAGGAAGGCCCACCCCUCUCCUCCCCUCCCCUCUCCUCUGCUCUGCUCUCCUCGGUCCCUCGGAGAAGACAGUCGUGCCCUACACUUGCCCAGGGCCAUGGGCUGCAUCAAGUCGAAGCACCCGUUCCCGCUCCCAGACUCGCUGCCCGGCGAGCGGAGAGACAGCGACGAGAGCCUGGUGCGGGACGGCCUGGUGCGGGACGGCCUGGUGCGGGACAGCCCGUCCGACACGUCCUUCCUCCCGGCCGCCCGGACCGCCUCCGCCUCCGCCGCCUCCGCCGCCGCCGCCGCCCCCGCCGCCUCCGGCUCGGCCUCCAGCGUCGUCCUGCUGCACUUCGCACACCGCCUAUCGCAGGAGAUCCUGGACGAGGCCGUCAAGCAGUGGGCCGCGGCCGACGGCAAGUACGGGGACAUCCCGUACAUCGAGAGCGACCUGCCGUGAGCCCGCGGCCCGGGGGGGGGGGGGGAGCGGGGGGGCCGAGGUUCGAGGUUCGAGGAUCGGCGGAGGGCGCCAAUACAGGCAGUGCACCGUGCGGCCGCAAGGCGGCGUCCCGCUUCCCUGCGCCGGCCGGGCCCUGGGGGCGUGGCCAAAAGGGGCGUGGCCAGGAGCGGGAGGGGCGGGGCGACCGACAGCCAAUUACCCGACUGGCCGCUAGGGGGCGGGGCCGGGAUCUGGCGGCGGAGGGGGCGGGGCCACGGGGUGAUUGACAAGGUCACGGCGGGGAUGGGCGAGGCCACGGCUACAGCGCCAGUUUCCCUUAACGCGGGGUGGCCGGUGGGAGGGGACACGGCGACCCCCGCGUCCUGCGUGGGUCCGACCCCCCCGGGGCAGGCGUGUCCCCCAUCCCACCCCGGGACAACCGGGUGGGAGUGGGGCUGGCUACUUGAGCCCCCCACCCUGGGGACCGGCCGGGCCCACAGCCCCAGGAUGGAGUUGGCUUCUUGGGGCGAGGAGGAGGCCGGGAAAAGCGGCCCCUCUACAGGCCAAAGAGCCUCUGGUCGACCCGGACCGCCCACCCCAUCUGGGGGACCCUCCCUGGACGGGAGGAGAGGGGCGUCGGGGGUGAACUGGAAAGGGACCAUACCCUGAGGGACCGGGGGUCAUCCUGGCCGGAGGAUGCCGCGCGGCAGGGUGGCCCGAGGACCUCUGGACGAAAGAGGCGAAGCCCCGUGGGCUAGUGCGGGGCCGCAGUGGCCACAACGACCGGUUCGGAGUGGAUCUCCGUUUGCCCGUUACUUGGGAAUCUCGCCCCCUUCAAUAGGCUCCCUAGAUUAGGCCCCCGUCACCUGGCCGCUCGGAUGCUCGGUCCGAUUGGCGGGAGGGGAGUAGGACCGAGGGAUGGAGGGAGGACUCACCAUCUCCCCCGCGCUGACCGCCUCAACCCCAGCAUCUUCCCCGCGGGCUGCACCCCCUCCGGAGGGCGCCCGGAUGAUCUCUCCAACCGAGCGGGGGGGGGGCGGCGGCGGCGACCGGAGGCUGAGAGCACCUUGGGCUCGCCCAGUGCCCUCAGGAAGGAGAACUGUGGAGGGAAGGCCGGGGGAAGGUCCGGCCAGGCCGCGUCGACUCCAGGAAAUCCACCCCAAGUACGUCCACGUCCGAAAAUGAUUGGCCCCCGGUGGCCAUCCGAUCCAGGCGGCUUCCCUGCUGCGGAAUCACCCACGGGAAGUAGCUGGACACGCGGCCAGACAGGGGGCGGCCUGCGGGCUCGGGCCCGAGAUACGCUCCCCGGGCGGCCCUCCGUCCCAAAGCACACACCACUGUCCUGCCUUGCUAAACUGAAGAGUACAUUUACAGUCUAUUUUUCCAAAUAUUUUUGUGGGAAAGUUCUUUGGAACUGCACAAUAAAAAUCCAUCGCACCUUA